GUUGCGAAGUGGACUACAUUCUAAUAGCACGCACUUGCAUCCAUAGAAAAUGUUAUAUGAUUGAUUAAAAAAUUAUAAUUAAUCAUAUAAACAUUUUAAGAAUUUAUGUUAAUUUAUUUGAUCUUUUUUUUAAAUAUUUAAAUGUCAUUAAGACAUCUGUCAAUGGUGUUUAUAGAUUAGAAAAGUGCAGGGAGGAAUAUCUAUGAGGCAAUUGUUAUUAUUAGCAUAAUAUAUAGUUUGUGGACGAAUUGAGUGAUUGCAGAUAGAAUGGAGGAGCUGUUUGAGAAGUACUGCAAUCUUAUGAAGCAAAGCACCAAAGGCACUCAGAUUGGUGUAUAUUCAAUAGCUUUCAUCAGUUUAGGGAUAGCAUUGAGGCGGGUCAGGCCUUUCAGCAAAUUUAAGACUGCAAAGCAAGUACCUAAAUUGUUCAUAAAUAAUGGAAGGGAACUGACUGGAUUUGUUGAGAGGAUUGAACCAGCAGGUCCUCUUCUGAUGAUCCAACAUAAACCAUUGAUCCAGUUACCUGGAAUGAAUAAGGUUGCAUUGCCUGUGAAAGUUUAUGGUGUGAACAUAACAGGUCAUGGUGUUAGUUGGCUUCAGUCAAUUGUGGCUAACAAUGAGGUCACUUUCAUCCCUAUUGAAAAAAACGAGAAAUGCGUUUCAUGUGAAAUCGUUUUCUCUCAACUGAACGAAAAGAAACAAAUGAAGUACGUCAAUGUAGGCGAAUCUUUGGUUUCAAUCGGUUUCGGAACUGUUCAGCCCUUCGAGGCCGGAAGUAACAUAACGAAAAUGGUUUAUUUGGCGAGAUUGAGAUCCGCUGAAAAGGUAGCAUUGAAGAGGCAGAUGGGUUUUAACUAUUAUGUGAAACCUACGAAAGAGAUCCUGAUAAAACUGAGCAAAAGGCUCAACGAAUUGAUUAGAGAAACUGCUAAGAAGCAGCUUGAUAAAUUGAAUGUGCCUAAAAUAGCUUUAACGUAAAAUGAAGGUGCCAGAGAAACUGCCAUUUUUUUUUGUAACAGCUUUACAGUAUUUUUUUUUUUGAUUGAUUAACACGUACUUAUUAUAUACUAUUUUGGG